CCAUGUAUAAACUUAGAUCACCGUCUAAGACUCAAGACCGAAAAGAUAUAGCCUAUGUUCACAUUGGUUAACACUAGUUGAAUUUCUUUUGCUCCUUUUUUCUUUUUCCUUUUCUUUGGUUGUAAUUUUCUAUCAUCCUCAUUAUGUCAUAUCUUUGUCCUUUAGUAGAUUGAAUAAAUCAGCAUCGCUGUACCCACUGCCAACGAAACCGUUAUAUUUGUGGAGACAAGCUCGCUCACCAAAGUCAAACAUUUAGACAGACUUUUAGGAUAUCAGAAGCGCUCGGAAAUUUAAGGAGGAAAAAGAAAAAAAUAAAGAAGUGAACAUCAAAUUUUGAUCCAAGAUGUUCAUAGUUCCCUUGUGGGUUUUUGCUGGAGUGGUUAUUUGUUUGUUUGGAUGUUGUUGGAGCUGGGUGUUGAAUUGGGCAUGGUUUGGACCAAAGAAGCUGGAGAAGAAGCUCAGAGAACAGGGAUUCCGAGGAAACUCAUACAAGCUUCUCCAAGGAGAUUUCAAGGAAAUCUCAUCUUUGUUCAAACAAGCUCAAUCCAAGCCUCUCAAUCUCUCCGACGACAUCGUUCCUCGGGUUGUUCCUCACCUUCUCCGAACCGUCGAAACUUAUGGUAAAAAUUCAUGUUUAUGGUUUGGGCCAAGACCAACUGUUUUACUCAUGGAACCGGAUCUAAUAAAGGAAGUCACCAAUAAAAGUCAAGUAUUCCAAAGACCUCGAGUAAAUCCACUUGCCAAAUUGCUUGCUCAAGGGCUUACUGCAUAUGAAAACGAAAAAUGGGCGAAACACAGAAAAAUUCUCAACCCAGCUUUUCACGUGGAGAAAUUAAAGCUUAUGCUUCCAGCCUUUUAUGAAAGUACUAGUGAAAUUUUGACCAAAUGGGAAGAUAUAAUCGCUUCAAAAGAAGGCUCAGCUGAAGUUAAUGUUUGGCCCGAUCUUCAAACUUUGACUAGUGAUGUUAUUUCCCGAACGGCUUUCGGCAGUAAUUAUGAGGAAGGGAGAAGAAUUUUUGAACUACAAAGGGAACAAACCGAACAUUUGCUCAAGUCGUUCACUUCACUAUAUUUUCCCGGAUUGAGGUUCUUGCCAACAAAAAGAAACAUCAGAAUGAAACAAAUUUUUAAAGAAGUCAAUCAUUCAGUUAGGGAAAUUAUCAAUGCUAGACUAAAGUCAAAGCAAGCAGGGGAAAGAUAUGGUGAUGACUUGUUGGGUUUAUUACUUGAAUCGAACGCUCAAGAAAAAGAUAAGAAUGAGAUGACUAUCCAGGAUGUCAUCGAAGAGUGCAAACUGUUUUAUUUUGCUGGACAAGAGACCACUUCUUCACUACUUGUUUGGACUAUGGUUUUACUGAGUAGGUUUCCGGAUUGGCAGUCCCGCGCUCGGGAGGAGGUUUUGCAAGUCUUUGGAAACAACAAGCCAGACUUUGAUAGGGUUAACCAUCUUAAAGUUGUUAACAUGAUCUUGCAUGAGGUCCUAAGGUUAUAUCCGCCAAUAGCAACUAUUAGUCGUAAAACUGCAGAAGAAACCACGGUGGGAAAUAUAACUCUUCCGGCUGGAGUAGUAGUCACAAUGCCGAUUAUGCUGAUUCAUCACGACCCUAAAAUAUGGGGUGACGAUGUUAAGGAGUUUAAGCCAGAGAGGUUUGCAGAAGGAGUUUCACACGCAACUAAAGGUCAAGUUGUGUUCUUCCCAUUUGGUUGGGGACCUCGUAUCUGCAUAGGACAAAAUUUUGCAAUGUUAGAAGCAAAAUUGGCAAUGGCCAUGAUUCUGCAACGCUUCUCUUUUGAACUUUCUUCGUCUUAUUCACAUGCUCCUCGCUCAUUAGUAACACUUCAACCUCAACAUGGCGCUCAUCUGAUUUUGCGUAAAUUUUAAUUACCUUUCAAUCAUGGUAUGACUAGACAUUUCUUACUUCUUCUCUAUAUAAUGGCAGGGAGAGUAAAUGUAAACCUUGAACGAAUACUUUGUUCUGUUUUACUUCAAUAUUAGAGACAGUUAAUACUCUUGUUAGUGCACUGCUAUUCACUAUCCAUGAAAAAAUUAUCUUUUCAUUCAUAAGUCACAUUUCUGUCAUUGCAUUGUUUUGUUCCGUGCAAAAAGGAGAUUCACGCUAAAAUUUUACAAGUGCAUUGUAAGAAUACGCUACCUCUAUAUCAUA